GCAGAAGUUGCGAGUGCUGGCGGAGGAGAGCGUGCGCCGAGGGAGUGCCCGGAGCCCGGACGCGGGAGGCUGCGCGGGACCCCGGAGCCCGGAGCCCGGACCCUCGGCUGGGCGGACGGCUGCGCCCCGGGUGCGCGAUCAGCCUCCUCAGUUCUCCCGAGUGCUCCCUUCGCCCUGAAGAAGAUGGCAAUGCCCACCAUGGUGAACGUGGAGGCCCUCCCGGAAUACGAGAAGAGCCAGAUCAAGAGAGCCCUGGAGCUGGGCACGGUGAUGACCGUGUUCAGCUUCCGCAAGUGCACCCCAGAGCGGAGGACUGUCCAGGUGAUCAUGGAGACGCGCCAGGUGGCCUGGAGCAAGACGGCUGACAAGAUCGAGGGCUUCUUGGAUAUCAUGGACAUAAAGGAAAUCCGUCCGGGAAAGAACUCCAAGGAUUUCGAGCGUGCGAAAGCAGUGCGCCAGAAAGAAGACUGCUGCUUCACCCUCCUGUACGGCACCCAGUUCGUUCUCAGCACACUCAGCUUGGCAGCUGACUCCAAAGAGGAUGCCAUCAAGUGGCUCUCGGGCUUGAAAAUCUUACACCAGGAAGUGAUGAGUGCGUCCACGCCCACCAUCAUUGAGAGCUGGCUCAGGAAGCAGAUAUACUCCGUGGAUCAAACCAGAAGGAACAGCAUCAGCCUGCGCGAGCUGAAGACCAUCCUACCGCUGCUCAACUUCAAAGCCAGCAGCGCCAAGUUCCUCAAGGAUAAGUUUGUGGAAAUAGGCACACAGAAGGAUGAGCUCAGCUUCGAGCAGUUCCAUCUCUUCUAUAAAAAACUGAUGUUCGAACACCAAAGAUCGAUUCUCGACGAAUUCAAGAAGGAUUCCUCCGUGUUCAUCCUGGGGAACACCGACCGGCCGGACGCCUCUGCCGUUCACCUGCACGACUUCCAGAGGUUUCUCUUGCACGAACAGCAGGAGCUCUGGGCCCAGGAUCUGAACAAAGUGCGUGAGCGGAUGACGAAGUUUAUCGACGACACCAUGAGGGAGACGGCCGAGCCCUUCUUGUUCGUGGAUGAGUUCCUCACGUACCUGUUCUCGCGAGAAAACAGCAUCUGGGACGAGAAGUACGACGUGGUGGACAUGCAGGACAUGAACAACCCCUUGUCUCAUUACUGGAUCUCCUCCUCCCACAACACGUACCUCACUGGGGACCAGCUGCGGAGCGAGUCCUCCACGGAGGCGUACAUCCGCUGCCUGCGCCUGGGCUGCCGCUGCAUCGAGCUGGACUGCUGGGACGGGCCCGACGGGAAGCCCAUCAUCUACCACGGCUGGACACGGACCACCAAGAUCAAGUUCGACGACGUCGUGCAGGCCAUCAAAGACCACGCCUUUGUCACCUCAAGCUUCCCGGUGAUCUUGUCCAUUGAGGAGCACUGCAGUGUGGAGCAGCAGCGCCACAUGGCCAGGGUGUUCAAGGAGGUGCUAGGCGACCUGCUGCUCACCAAGCCCACGGAGGCCAGUGCUGACCAGCUGCCAUCACCCAGCCAGCUGCGGGAAAAGAUCAUUAUUAAGCACAAGAAGCUGGGUCCUCGAGGUGACGUGGACGUCAACAUGGAGGACAAGAAAGACGAACACAAGCAGCAGGGUGAACUGUACAUGUGGGACUCCAUCGACCAGAAGUGGACGCGACAUUACUGUGCCAUCGCCGAUGCCAAGCUGUCUUUCAGUGACGACAUAGAGCAGGCGGUGGAGGAAGAGCCGCCCCAGGAUACGCCCCCCACGGAGCUGCAUUUUGGGGAGAAAUGGUUUCACAAGAAGGUCGAGAAGCGGAUGAGCGCCGAGAAACUUCUGCAAGACUACUGCGCCGAGACAGGGGGCAAGGAUGGCACAUUCCUGGUGCGCGAGAGCGAGACCUACCCGGACAAGUACACCCUGUCCUUUUGGCGAUCCGGCCGUGUCCAGCACUGCUUGAUCCGCUCCACCGUGGAGGGCGGCACCACGAAGUACUACCUGACUGACAACCUCAAGUUCACCAGCAUCUACGCCCUCAUCCAGCACUACCGCGAGGCGCACCUGCGCUGCACCGAGUUCGAGCUGCAGCUCACCGACCCCGUGCCCAACCCCAACCCUCACGAGUCGAAGCCGUGGUUCUACGAUGCGCUGAGCCGCGGGGAAGCCGAGGACAUGCUCAUGCGGAUCCCGCGGGACGGCGCGUUCCUGAUCCGCAGGCGGGAAGGAAGCGACUCCUACGCCAUCACCUUCAGGGCCAGGGGCAAGGUGAAGCACUGUCGCAUCAACCGCGAUGGCCGGCACUUCGUGCUGGGGACCUCUGCCUACUUCGAGAGCCUCGUGGAGCUCGUCAGCUACUACGAGAAGCACACGCUGUACCGGAAGAUGAGGCUGCGGUACCCCGUGACGCCCGAGCUGCUGGAGCGCUACAGCAUGGAGAGAGACAUAAACUCCCUGUAUGACGUCAGUAGGAUGUACGUGGAUCCGAGUGAGAUCAACCCUUCCAUGCCUCAGAGAACCGUGAAAGCUCUCUAUGACUACAAAGCCAAGCAGAGUGACGAGCUGAGCUUCUGCCGCGGUGCCCUGAUCCACAACGUCUCCAAGGAGCCCGGUGGCUGGUGGAAAGGAGACUACGGGACCAGAAUCCAGCAGUACUUUCCGUCCAACUACGUCGAGGACAUCUCCACAGUGGACGUGGAGGAGCUGGAAAAGCAGAUUAUCGAAGACAACCCCUUAGGCACUCUCUGUAGAGGAAUCCUGGACCUCAACUCCUAUAACGUGGUGAAAGCCCCACAGGGCAAAAACCAGAAGUCUUUCGUGUUUAUCCUGGAGCCCAAGAAGCAGGGGGAUCCUCCAGUGGAGUUCGCCACGGACAGGGUGGAAGAGCUCUUCGAGUGGUUCCAGAGCAUCCGGCAGAUCAACUGGAAGAUGGACACCAAGGAGAACAACAUGAGAUACUGGGAGAAGAACCAGUCCAUCGCCAUUGAGCUCUCCGACCUGGUUGUCUACUGCAAGCCCACCAGCAAGACCAAGGACAACCUAGAGAACCCCGACUUCCGGGAAAUCCGCUCCUUUGUGGAGACGAAGGCUGACAGCAUCGUCAGACAGAAGCCCAUCGACCUUCUGCGCUACAACCAGAAGGGCCUGACCCGUGUCUACCCGAAGGGACAGCGGGUCGACUCCUCCAACUACGACCCCUUCCGCCUGUGGCUGUGCGGCUCCCAGAUGGUGGCGCUCAAUUUCCAGACGGCAGACAAGUACAUGCAGAUGAACCACGCGCUGUUCUCACUCAACGGGCGGACGGGCUACGUCCUGCAGCCCGAGAGCAUGCGGACCGAGAAGUACGACCCGAUGCCGCCCGAGGCGCAGAGGAGGAUCCUGAUGACCGUCACGGUCAAGGUCCUGGGCGCGCGCCAUCUCCCCAAGCUGGGCCGGAGCAUCGCCUGUCCCUUUGUGGAGGUAGAAAUCUGUGGAGCCGAGUGCGACAACAACAAAUUUAAGACGACGGUCGUGAAUGAUAACGGCCUCAACCCAGUCUGGGCGUCGACCCAGGAGAAGGUGACAUUUGAGAUUUACGACCCCAACCUGGCGUUUCUGCGCUUUGUGGUUUAUGAGGAAGACAUGUUCAGUGACCCCAACUUCCUCGCGCACGCCACCUACCCCAUCAAAGGCAUCAAGUCAGGCUUCCGAUCCGUUCCGCUAAAGAACGGGUACAGCGAGGACAUCGAACUGGCGUCCCUCUUGGUUUUCUGUGAGAUACGACCCGUCCUGGAGAGUGAAGAAGAACUGUAUUCCUCCUGUCGCCAGCUGCGGAGGCGGCAAGAAGAGCUUAACAACCAACUCUUCCUCUAUGACACACACCAGAACUUGCGCAAUGCCAACCGGGACGCCCUCAUUAAAGAGUUCAAUGUCAACGAAAACCAGCUCCAGCUGUACCAGGAGAGGUGCAACCGGAGGUUACGAGAAAAACGAGUCAGCAACAGCAAGUUUUACUCGUAGGAGCCGGGGUGUGUGCGCGGUGUGUCUGCACGGAGGAGAGUGGGCUCCAGUGCAGCCUUGGAAACACGCUGACCUGCGAUACCAUCCUUUCCUCAAGUCUGCCAUCAAGGUGACAUUCCUGCAGGAGCCCCAGCGGCGUGAGUCAGGGUGGCUUCCUGCUCAGCUAAGACAGCUGUCCAAGAUGAACACUUCUGUUCCCUGUAGAGGCACCCAAAAACCUGCUGCUCGGUUUUGGCCUCUUGUGUUCCAAACCUCACUGAAUAAAAGCAACGCCAAUCUCUGUCA